AUGUCGUUUCCGUCUAUUUUUUUUUUUUUAUUCCUGAACGAUCUUUCGUUUUACUUCUCACUUUUUUCUCUGUUUCUGUUUUUUUUUCUUUUCCUUUUUUUAAAAAUUUUCUUUUAUUUCCCUUCAUUCUGCUAUCUUAUUCUCGUUCUAUAUUUCUUUCACUUCCCGACUGUUUCGUCUUCUUUCACUUGUACCCCAAUUCGUUUUUCUUCUUUAUUUUCAUUUUUUAUCUUCUCUUUUCUUUUUUUUCCAUCUAGAUUUUCCUUUUUAUUUAUUCUUCUCCGCCAUUUUUUUUUUACUUUCGUUUUUCGUUUCAUCUUCUAUAUUUUCGAUCUUCUUCAUUUUUUUUUUCCAUUUCUUCUCACUUCUUGCUUCCAUCCACUUUUCGUUCUUUUUUCAUCUUCUGUUUCAUACUUUUACACUUCCUUUUAUAAUAUUAAUUAUCUCCAUCGGUAUUUUUUUCAUUCUUCCCUUUCCUUCUAUAUCUGUUCGUUCCUUUUGUCCAUCUCUUUCUAUUUUCUUUUUCUUCUUCUCCAUUCCAUUUCAGGUCCUUCUUUUUCUAUAUAUUCGUUCGCCCAUUCUCCAUUCUAUUCGCUUUCUCCUUCUCUAUUUAUCUUCUUCAAUUUCUGCUCUUUCUAUUGUUCAAUCUGCCCUAUUUUCUUUUUCAUCUUUAUUCAUUUUCACUUGUUCCUUUCUUUAGAGAUUUUUUCGUCUAUUAUUAUUCUUCACUUUCCUUCUGUUUCUGCUCCUUUCUUUGUUCCAUCAACAUUUCUUUCUUUUUUUAUUUUCUUCAUUCUUUUCUUUCCUCUAUUUUUACCCUUCUUCACUUUACAUCUGUUUCUGCUCUUUUUUGUUCCAUCAAUAUUUCUUUCGUUUUUCCCUCCCUUCUUUUUCUUCAUAUUCGUUCUCUCUUUCUGUCUAUUUUACCCUCUCCAUUUUUACGACUCUUUGAUUCAUCCGCUUUCUUUCUUUUUCCAACUCCUUCAUUUUUCAGAUUCCCCCCUCUUCUUUUCAUUCUUCAUCACUUUCCUUUUAUUCCAACUCUUCCCUAUAUUCAAACUUCCUUUCUUUCUUAUUUGA